AUGACUUUGAGCAAGAGGGGAAUGUCAGGUUCGACACGCCUCCCCGUGACGACACGUUUGACACUUCCCCACCCACAAUGCCUCGACGACUUCCUCAAUCAUCGGGCAGCGGCGGCUUUGACACGCCCCUCGAUGAGUGCCAUCGACAAGGAUCACCCUCCCCCUCUCGUCCCCCUUCCCCUUGCCCCUCUCGUCCCCCCUCACCCUCCCCUCCUCGCUCUCGUCCUGAGUCUCAGUCUCCCCAACGUUCAAGAUCUCAUUCUCACCCUCGCUCUCCCUCUCAAUCAUCUUGCAGUCAGCCAUCACCCGCGCACACCGUCGCCACGGCCACCAGCGUCACCUGGUGGAUUCGAUACACCAGCUCCACCAACAAAUCGCCAGAAUCGCGUACCCAAGAGUGUUACUGCUGGGUUGGGCAUAGUGGACCCCGACAUCGUCGACCAUCCUAGGACGACUCGUAGUGGGGGAAAGUGUGCCGCAGGCGACGAGUUACCUGUCCCAGAGACCGCUAAGAAAUGA